AUUGCUGUUUACAAGCCAGAACUUGGAAUCACUUGUUGGAUUAGUAGCAGAAAUAUGAACUAUUUUACAGAAAAACAACAAUGUCGUGUUCAACUUCCUGUCCUCUGAUUGUGCUACAAAGGUGUUCCUGUUUCCUCAGGAUCGAAUACAUAGAGGACCCAAGCAGGGAGCUCAGAUAUUGAGUUGCAGAGAGGCGAGAAUUCUGAUACCGAUAAAAGCGAUAAUCCAGAUUCCAAAUACUCCAACAGUAUAAGGAACAGGCUACCUUCAUACAAAUGAGAUGUACUUGAAGACUCUUCGAGGUAAUUCAAGUCUACUUGCUCUCAUUCUUUUGUAACCGCUUCGUCCUUUUGGUUACAACUGAUCUGACACUCAAACUGAAGGCUUUACUGCUGCUCAAACCCAGAUUUUAGACAGCAGCAGGCAAACAACUGUAUUUUUCAUCCAUAUUUUCUUUUUUUUAUUGUUUAAGUGUACCUACGGUGUAUUCGAAAGUGCUCUAGACUCUAUGUACAGUUUGUAGAUCUUUGAAAGAUUGAUUCUUUUAAUGACUUGGACCUGUUUUAGAUUGCUUGAUUAUCAUGUGAUAGCAUGAAUAACCCUUAAUGCCAAGUUAUAGUACUUUAUCUGAUAUUGAGCUCAAAGUCAGGCUAAUCUUUUUAAUUACAUCUCAGAGAGCAUUUUGAUGCUUUAUCUUAAUGUACUACAGAGAAUUGGUGUAUGUCAGGUAUCAAGACACAUCUUUACCUGAUUGGUAAUUCUACUGAAGGCAAUUGUGUUUAUGCUGAUGAGGACUUACUGGAUGCUCUACUCGGUUCUGCGUGGGAAGAUUGUUCAUGGAAAGGUUCCUGUGGAUCUUGUUAUUGAUCACUCAGUACAGAUUGAUGUGGCAAGAUCAGCGAAUGCAGUUCAGGCAAAUAUGGAACUUGAGUUUCAACACAACAAGGAAAGAUUUGGAUUUUUAAAAUGGUGUUCCAAUGCAUUCAAUAAUAUGCUUGUUGUCCCAAAAGGGUCUGGUAUUGUCCACCAUAUGAACUUGGAAUACAUUGGACGAGUUGUUUUUAACAAUGAAGGAAUGCUUAACCCUGACAGUGUUGUUGGUACUGAUUCCCACACAACUAUGAUAGAUGGGUUAGGUGUUGCUGGCUGGGGAGUUGGCGGAAUAGAUGCGGAAGCUGCAAUGCUUGGCCAGGGAGGAUAUGUGGGAAAGGGCAUAAAACAACAGUAUAUAUUUUCCUAUUUAUCAUUUUGAAGACAAUGAUUGCCUGAUAUUUCUUCGGCACAAUCAACUCUCUGCACGGUAUAGGACUUUCAAUUACAUCUCCCAGAUGAAUUAGAGGACAACUUAUAGAUUUAUUUCCUCAAAACUCAAAAGGUGCAUCAAGGGAUCAAUUGGCUUGACAGCAUGCUUGGGCUUUCGGCUUAUCUUGUGGAAAGCGUACUUUCAAGGUACUAUUGAAGACAUCCAAUUCAAGAAGAAAUCGACGGAUAACCUCUAACAUUGUAUUACUCAUCUCAAAUGUAAUAUUAAUCAUUCAUUUUAGUAGCUUUAGUCAGUCAUCGAGUGGAACAUUUGUAUUGAGAGCAAGACUGAUAAUGCAUAUAUAAUGUUUGGACGCUUACAUCACAGUGAAAGCAACUGCCUAAAUAUAGAGGAAAAAAAUGCAUUGUUGGUAGAUGA